AUGCUCUCAGUCGUCUCAGUCCAAGUGACCGGCCGGAAGGCCGAUUUGAUCCAACGCCUUUGUGAUCCGUCAGUGCAGGUGCAGGCCCGGCGGAGGCUGCCGAAGAAAACUUCGGCAUUCACGCUGCGGGGUCUGGGCCUCCUCCCGGUCCUUGGGCGCUCGGGAAGGCGCUCAGCGACCAGCGUGACAUUGGAGGUGCUGGAGGCACUUGUGGAGCGCGAGGAGAGCUCGGAGGCGCAGGCGGCGCUGCGCGGCCUGCUGAACUGGCGGCAGCAAGAAGCGCAGCUGGGCUUCCUGCGGUCUUUGCAGAGUUCCUGCGAGGGAAGCCCUUCAAACCCUGCGAACCCUGCGAAUGGAAAUGCGCGGGUCCACACAAGGCUGAACCUGAACACGGUCACGGGCCGAUUGUCCACGCGGAGUCCCAACCUGCAGGGUGAGCCCAAACAGGGGGGCCAUGCCGUGCGCUCCGCGGUGGCGGCAGCCGAAGGGCAACGGCUCCUGGUCGCCGACUACGGCCAGCUGGAGCUGCGGCUGGUGGCACAUCUGGCCGACUGCCCCGACAUGAUCUCCAUCUUGAGUGAGGGGGGCGACAUCCACUCCCGGACGGCCUACCGCAUGUUCCAAGAGGUCCAGGAAGCCGUGGACGGCGGCGAGGUGGCGCUGGACUCCUUGAGCCUGACUCAGAAGAAAAGUGCAGAGGAGGAGAGGCGUCCGAGGAGUGAGAGGAGUGCAGACUCGGAGCUUCCUCCGGAGCCUGCUCCUCCCCGUCUCCCGCUCGUCGCGGAGCGCUUCCCGGAGCUGCGGCGGAGGGCCAAGACCCUGAACUUCUCCCUCCUCUACGGCAAGACCGCCUACUCGUUGGGGAUUGAAUGGGACUUGAGUCAAGGAGAGGCGGAAAAACUGAUCAAGCGCUGGUUUGCGGCCUUCCCAGAGAUCGAGACCUGGAUGCAGCAACUGCACGAGGAUGCCGACAGCAACGCCACCGCCCAGGCUGUGACGCUGCUGGGCCGCAGCCGGCCUCUUUGGCGAAAGAGUGCCUCAGGCAGCUUCAGAGAGCGGGGGAGGGCACGGCGUGUGGCAGGCAACACGCCCGUGCAAGGCAGCGCAGCCGACGUCGUCCUCAGCGCCAUGGGCCGCGUGGAGGCUUCCCCAACUCUCCAAGAGUUUGGCUUCCGCUUGAUCUUGCAGAUCCACGAUGAACUCGUGCUGGAGGGACCAGAAAAACACGCGGAGGAAGCCUUGUCGGAGCUUGUGCGCCUCAUGGAGGACCCACUGCCCUUCAAGCUCAAAGUGCCUCUCAAAGUGAACGCCUGCCAUGUACAAAGCUGGCAAGAUGCCAAGGCCUAG